UCCGGUUCUGCUGCGCCCGGCUGACAGGAAGCUGCAGCGGAGCGGAGCGGCACCUGAACGGGAGCGGAGCGGAGCGGGGCGACACGAUGAGCGGGGAACAUUACCUGGAGCUGUGCGAGAACCCGGUGCAGUUCGAAAACGCGUCCAGCGUCAACAACGUCUUCUUCGACGAGGCGAACAAACAGGUGUUCGCGGUGCGUUCAGGUGGAGCCACAGGUGUGGUGGUCAAAGGCCCAGAUGACAAGAGCAGUGUUGCCUUCAGGAUGGACGAUAAGGGGGAAGUGAAGUGCAUCAAGUUCUCCAUCGGGAACAAGAUCUUGGCCGUGCAGAGAACCUCCAAGUCCGUGGAUUUCAUCAACUUCAUCCCGGACUACCCGCACACAGAGUUCACCCAGGAGUGUAAGACGAAGAACGCCAGCGUGUUGGGUUUCUGUUGGACCAGCUGGAACGAGAUCGUCUUCAUCACCGACCAGGGGAUCGAGUUCUACCAGGUGUUUCCAGACAAGCGCAGCGCGAAGCUGUUGAAGAGCCAGAGCAUCAAUGUGAACUGGUACCAGUACUGUCCAGAGACGUCGGUCAUCCUGCUGUCCACCACCGUGCAGGGAAACGUCCUGCAGCCCUUCGCAUUCAGGAACGGGACCAUGUCCAAGAUGUCCAAGUUUGAGAUCGAACUGCCCGUCGUCCCCAAGCCCGCCAAACUCAGCCUGUCGGAGAGGGACAUCGCCAUGGCAACCAUCUACGGUCAACUGUACGUGAUGUAUCUGAAGCAUCACUCGAGAACAGCAAACAGUCCGAGUGCAGAGGUGGUUCUGUAUCACUUACCCAGGGAGGGUGCGUGUAAAAAGGGCCAUGUGUUGAAGCUGAACACCACAGGGAAGUUUGCUCUGAACAUCGUGGACAACCUGGUGGUGGUUCAUCACCAGAGCUCUCAGACGUCUCUGAUCUUCGACAUCAAGCUGAAGGAGCCUGAAUGUGCGGUGAACACACACCAGCCCGUCCUGCCCGGCCGCUCCAUCCACCCAUACAGGAUCCCGCUGUCAGGUCCGGCCGUCGUCGCCUCUCAGCCUCCGGUUCCCUGCCAGCUCUACUCUUCCUCCUGGAGCGUCUUCCAACCCGACAUCAUCAUCAGUGCCAGUGAAGGUUUCCUGUGGUACCUGCAGGUGAAGCUGCCGCCAACUGUGAACCUGCUGCAGGACAAAGGCAAACUGAUGGACUUUCUGUUACGACGGAGAGACUGCAAGAUGGUGAUCCUGUCCGUCUGCUCGCAGAUCCUGGAGGACGGAGCCAAGGGGAGUCUUCCUGUCGUGGCGACGGUGUUUGACAAACUCAACCAGGUCUACAAAGAAUAUCUGGAGGCGGAGCAGAGCUACACCACGGCGAUGGAGUCAGGCCCAAGUCGAGGCAGCGCGGCUCAGAAACGUCCCGUCAGGACUCAGGCGGUCAUCGACCAGUCAGACAUGUACACACACGUCCUGUCAUCUUUCACAGAGAGGAAGGGCGUGUCCCAUAAGUUCAUCAUCGCGGUGCUGAUGGAGUACAUCCGCUCUCUGAACCAGUUCCAGAUAACCGUACAGCAUUACCUGUACGAGCUGGUGAUCAAGACGCUGGUGCAGCACAGCCUCUUCUACAUGUUGCACCAGUUCCUUCAGUAUCACGUCCUCAGUGACUCCAAACCUCUGGCCUGUUUGCUUCUGUCUCUGGAGAGUACGUAUCCUCCUGCUCACCAGCUGUCACUGGACAUGUUGAAGCGUCUGUCGACGGCCAACGACGAGAUCGUGGAGGUUCUGUUGUCCAAGCAGCAGGUUCUGGGCGCGCUGAGGUUCAUCCGCAGCGUCGGCGGACACGACAACGUGUCGGCGAGGAAGUUCCUGGACGCGGCGCGACAGACCGCAGACCAGAUGUUGUUCUACACCGUGUUCAGGUCGUUCCAACAAAGAAACCACCGGCUGAGAGGAAGCCCCGCCUUCAACCCUGGCGAGCACUGUGAGGAGCACGUGGAUCACUUCAGGCAGUUGUUCGGGGACCAGUCGCUGAUGAAACCGUCCACAGUGUGAAGGACCGACACCAGAACCACCAUCGGUGACUCAGCAGGUUGUUUCCAUGACGAUGAUUUUUGGGGCCAAAUGUUAAAACGUCGUACAGGAUUUGAUUUCCUCUCCUGUACGUCGAUGUCAUGAAUGUGAUCUCAUAUUUAUAUUAUGAAGUUGUUUUUUUCUUCACUCAACUGGAACGAUAACUGUUCAAUGUUCGACAACACAAUCAAAAUAAAUAUUAACUCUGAAUUAUGAGACACUGAAACUGACGAUGAGAAAACGGGAAGAUUUUAAAACCAAGUGAUCAUUUAAUGACUUAUCCUCAUAAGUGUUGUUAAUAUUUUGAGGGGAAAGUCUCUGCUGUCAUUCACCCACAUCUUGGAUUUUUUUGUUUAAGUUCAAGCAAUAUCCUCAAAUCACAGAUGAGUCAUAUCUGAUAAAGACCGACGACGUCAAAAGUAAAAACUCAAAGGUUUUGUUGAAAAGUUUGGAAGAAGAUUCGAUCGCUGACUUUUUUCCUUUUCAUGUCGGCAGACGUGCAUGUGUAAAUAUUAGAAUCAUAAACUGAUUAAUAACAAGGUCACAUGGAUUGUACAUAGUCAGAAUGUGAGUAUCAUUGUGUGUGUGACCAGAGGCUGCACCUGUACAGUUUGAACAGUUUGUGUGAAGACUGUAAAUAUGAAAUUAAUGAUUUUGACCAAAAUCCUAAUCAUGUUGUCGGAUAAAGAAUAAUAAUUUUACUAACAGUCACAUCUUCUCUACAUCAGAUGACAACAUUUACAUUGUUCAGUGUAAAAACUGACUGUUUAUAAAUCAUAAUAAAAGAACAAACUACAGGAAAGUGACUUUUCAUGUUCGUGUGUUAAACUGAAAGUUGUGAAACAUCAACGAAGAUGUGGAAACUAAAUAUUCACAUUCAAGGCCCUGGAGGAAAUUUACAUGAAAACAUAUUUGGAGGAUUAAUCGAUUAUCAAAAUUAAUGUGAUACAUAUUUGACAAAUGGAUUCGUUGACUUUGAAUAUGUUGACAACUGAUUAAUCAUUUACAUUUUCAUAAUUUUAUUAUUUGCAGAUUCCAGCCUGCUGCUGCGUCUUCAUCCUUCUUCAUUGUAAACUUAAUAUUUUCAUAUUAAUUUUCACAUAAUCAUUAUUUUUUUGUUGUUUAUUGAGGGGUGGACAAUUAAAAGAAAGAUUACUUUUAUUAUCGAUUAGCUGAUAAUAAAUAUAACGGAAUAAUCUGUCUUUCAGCAGUUUACAGUCGGAUCAGAUUUGUCUUCAGACAAACAAAUGAUUCAACAGAGAAUAAAGUUUUCAAUUCUUUCAUAUUCA